GAUAUACAUGUCCAGGUAAAACGAACAUUCAUGAAAUAUUUUUUAACGAAGAAAAAAAUAAGGUUGUGAUUGACGUAACACAUCAUGCACGUCGUGGCAUUUUUUUCUGGGUUGAACAACCAAUAAGACUCAUUAUAAAAUUGGAUUUAACCUUUGGCAAUGACGGGAAAUAUGUUAUAAAACGACAAGAGAAUUUGUGUCAGCCGGAGGAAACUGUUGGCGUUCUCGUACCUUUGAUAGUGCCUAGUGUAAUGCGUCUUCAAAAACAAAUUUUUACUACGGCUUGUGUUGUCGCUGGAAAGUUCGUUGGAAAGGGGCGUGCGUUGGUUGGAUGGCAAUAA